CAGAAGAUUGUCCCAGCUAUUCCACUCCUACCCAGCACCGCUGCUGCUACCCCCCGCAAACAGGGCGAAACAGACAACCACCAUGGCAAUGGGGGCAAUGACUACGAGUACGAAGACGUGGAGGAAGAAGAGGACAUGAAUGUAACCCUCAAUAAUAUGUCAACUAAGACACUCACUAACUUGGCAUCCUACCCUAACCCCAUGCAAAAGGCUGCACAGAAAGUUCUCACCAAAGCUAGACAGGCACCUCCAGUACCGCAUCAUCAAGUUUCGGACUCCAUCUCGCAGAACGGUAGCGGUUUGAAUAUUCCACCUGGUUUCGGCCCUAGAAAUAUUCGAUCUGACCCAGUUGGCGUCGAGAGCCUAUUUCAGUCUGAUAGAUUCGACGGGCGUAACCAUAAUCAGCAUCAAGCCCCUCUUCAUCUAAACCUUACGACAACUACUGCCCGAGAGCACGAUUCUUACCCAGCCGUCUUGUCCAGGGGACCAGGCGCUCCGCAACCCCUAACUGCGGGUCCUCCUGGGCAACGUCACUUCCAGCCCUCGGCCUUCGACGGAGCCCCGAGUUCGCUGCGGAAAGGGUUUGAGAAGGCUCACGAGUUCGACACCUUCGGUGACGGCCUUCCUCGCCAUCAGCCUUUCUCAUCAUUCCAGUCCCAGCAACCUAUGCAGCCUACACCUCGACAGCCCACCCCUUCAUACAAGAGUGAGACUUUCUCCUCUACCCACCCCCCUGCAUUAUGUCUGAGCAAAGAGAGCAACGCUAGCAUCAGGAUUGUUGACACGCUCACCUAUGAGAAAGCCAAGACGUUCUUUCCAAAAGGGCUUCCCCCGGACUUCAACUUUCACACCCAGCCAGUGGCUGAUGAUUGGGCAGAGAAACAUAUGAAGGAGGAGGAAAAGAAGGAGAAGCUUGAGAAAAGCAAAUUACUAUGGCAGCAGACGCCCGAAUUCCAAGUAUCUCACAAGGAUAAGCUCGAUCGAGACUUCUACAACGGGAACUACAUGAUCAAUAAGAACUUGAGAGUAGCGAUCCACGAUAAGUACACCCGUGAUAUAACACGUUCCCUUGGUUCUAAGUCUCAGGAAUACCAAGAUUCCUUGAAGCUUAAGCCCGAGAAUAAGGUUGAGGGCCGUUAUAUCUCGGUUGAGGACGCCAACUCGAUCCCCACGCAUGAGCACGCUGAGCCGCUCCUAAGCGUGUUGUACCAAUCUCUGGAAAGAAACCAGGGGCUCUUCUCGCAGCAGAAACCCCCGAACAAUGGUAGACUGCGCUAGAUCUCUUCCAUGGAGAAUUCACAACAGCUUAAGAUGAUUAGAGCAUCUAGGUAUAGAUAUCCAAGUCGUGGACUUGGCAACUACGCGAAUAAGAGACACAGGUGGAAUCAUUAUUACAAGGAUUGGACCAUACAAUCUAAGUAGUUGAAGGGAUAUGCAUGAGGCAACGUCUGGAAAAGAAGAAGAGAUUGUGGAAGAAAAGAGUGCGAAAGGCACUUUAUUGAUGAUGCAGAUCCACUAGGGGGUUUUCGAGGAUAAUCAGCUUGUAUUCUUCAAGGAUCUCGGAAGCAUACGAAGACCGCAUCGCAGCGGAGUUUUGGAUUAGAAGGUUGUGCUCUCGCGUGUGCAUCACGUCUACAGGACAGUAAUGGGCAUUGACCGGUUGUAUCAGGAUGGAAUCUUCUUCUCUAAUCGAACGAGGGUACUGAGCUUUGUAUGUACAAAAUUGCUUUGGCAAUCGUUGAUCAAUGAUUUCAUAUUCUUUGUGGUUUA